CCGAAAACAUGUAUUCACGCUGGUCGAGGCGGUGGUAUCAGUACAACCGGUAUGUUCACAUGAUGCAGUACAUAGUCACUCACACUGCCAAGCACAGUUCGACGAAUGGUGCCCAUUCCACGAUUCCCGAUUACGAUCACAUCCAUCAGCCUGUCGUUGGCGAAAUUGACAAUCACUUCACCCGGUUUGUUUCCCACGUGCAUGCUGAAUUUCACCUGCAAACCACGGUCAGCGAUCAUCUGCAAUCGUUCUUCGCUCAUCUGCUCACCUGCCUUGACGGACUCUCGCAUUUUGCCGUCGAACUCACUCGCAUAUUCCGCUGUGGUCGCAUCGGUCACAUGUUUUGUGUGGUGUGCUUCGGCCACAUACAGCAGGUGUACGGUGUCAUUUUUCCGGGCGAAUUUAUCCAAAUACCACUGAAUCGCUCUCUUGCUAUGCUCGCUAGGAUCUAUGGGAAUCAGUAUCCGACGUCCUUGCGGCUCCGCCAUGUAGUCGAAAUCGGUGGUGCGUGAGACAAAUUUGGUUCAAAACCGCU